GCAGCAGCAGCAGCAACAACAGCAACAGCCCAGAGUGCUUCCGUGCCCACCACCAAGGAUCGCAGCAGCGAGGGCGGUACUGGGCGGGGCGGCGGCAUGGCUAAGCGCAAGCGCAGGUACUCGGCGGAGGAGGAGGGGAAGCGGCUGCUGAACCAGUGCAGCAAGCACCGCGACCUCAAGACCGCGCUCUCGCUCUUCGACGCGCACGUGGCGGGCACGGGCCCCGCGUUCAAGACGUACGAGUACAACAUCCUGCUUUACCUCUGCUCGCUCGUCGCCAUCACGGGGGAGCAUGGAGGACAUGGUGGCGCACCGCGCCACCGCUCGUACGACCCCGCGCUGCUCGCCUUCUGCCGCCAGGGCGACCUGCCCCGCGCCGAGGAGGUCUUCCAACACAUGGCUGCAGGGGGGCUUGCCGCGCUGCCCGAACAGGUUGCUGCGCUGCUGGACGUGAGCGUGCGGGCGGGCAGCCCGGGCAGCGUGUACAAAAACAUUCACCGCAUGCGGAAAGUUGCGCGUGGGCUGCCCGAGGACGUGAUAGGGUCGUUGAGAGCUUGGUUUGAGUCCGCCAGUGCGAGACAGGGAGGGGGGGAUGGUGAGGGGGAGACGAGAGCAGAGGAGGCAGGAGAAUCAGGCAGCUGUGAGGGGGAGACAGAGGUGAAGGGGGAGGGGGCGGAGGCAGGGCGGAAGACAUGGAGCUGGGAGGAGGCGGAGAGGGCGAUGAGAGUGAACGGGGGGGGAUGGCACGGGCCGGGCUGGACCAUGGAUAGCCACAACGCAGGGGCCGCAGGGGGCAAGGGCGGCGAGUGGCAGGUGCAGGACGUGCUUGUGGACGAGGUGGGCGUGUGCAGCGGGUGCGGCGGGCAGCUGGCGACCAUAGACCUGGACGACGAGGAGACGGAGCGCUUUGCCCGCGCCCACGGGCCGUUCAGCGCCGUGGUGGACGCGGCGAACGUGGGACUGUACCACCAGAACCUCGCGCAGGGCGGGUUCAACUUCUGGCAGCUCCACUCCGUCGCCAAGGCCGUGGCCGCCCUCGCACCCGCCGCCCCAGGCUCGGCCAUGCCUUCAGAGGCGUCCUCAGACUCCCCCUCCGCCUCCCCGCGCCUGCCGCUGCUGGUGGUGCACCACAAGCGCGUGAAGGGUGGGCCGGCGGCGCAGCCGUUUGCGCAGCAGUGCCUGGCACAGUACGAGCAGCAGCACUGCCUCUACACCACCCCCACCGGCGCCAACGACGACUGCGAGGGCGGCUGGCACUUCCCCAAGGCGCAGACUGCAGGGGGGCAGGGCACCGAGGGCGGGGAGAAUCAGGGAGCAGGGGAGGGGGAAGUGGAGAUGCAGGGAGAAGCGGAAGGAGAGAGACAAGGGAUGCAAGGGGGUGAGGGGGAGGGGGGUAGCGGAGAGGGUGGAGGGGGCGUGUUUGAUGAGUGGCUGUGUGUGCAGUGGAAGAAACAGUGAGGGGAGGGGGGAGGGGGAGUAGAGGAUGUGCCAGCGCCGGACUGGAGACGUCAUCAACGUGGAGCAGAGCUGUAGAAUCCG